AUGCCAUGUUCGUUAUUGUGCUUGAUUCGUGUGGUCCUCUGGUUGGAAAAGUGGCACUUUGAAUUAAAAUCUGUAAAUCCGUAUCCUCAAGAAGGGCUGUCAUCUUCAUAUCGUGAAAGAUCGAGACAGAGUGAAUCGGGACGACUUCAUCCAUUGACUGCUUGUACCAGAGCUAUACGUGUGAAUCCAUAUCCAGUACAAGCACUGGAAAAUAAGGUACCCGUCAAGCCGACAGGCCCUUUUGCAGAAUCAUGCUAUAGAGAAGAUAAUAAAGGAGAAAAUGACAGCAAUGGCGAGAGGUUAAUGACAAGGCAUUUGAUCCCACCGUUGCUCGAGGAAGGCCACAAUUUCAAGCUACAGGUACAGCUGGCUCAUGGUAGUGCGAUUCGCAUCGUUUCUGGAUUCCUGAAUAUCAAGCAGUUAUACGAGCUGAUAGCACGUAACUAUGACCAGGUAAAAGUGGAUGAUAUCUUAUUCUGCACAGUGAAUACACAUCGAAUACGUAUGGAUGCCCUCAUGAGCUACAACAUUUUUAACGAUGACUGUAUUUUUGCGCACAUCGCAGGUCAAAAGAAGGAAGUUACGUUGGUCAAGACCAGUCCAAAGCUCGGCUUAACCAUCGCUGACAAUGGAAUUGGAAAAGCAUUCAUCAAGCGAAUCGUCCCCGGUGCUCUUACUUUCGAGAAAAACCCUUUCCUUCGGGUCGGUGAUUGCAUCGAAAAAAUUAAUAACCUCAGUAUGGUUGGACGACGACACUUUGAUGUUGUGCACUAUUUGCAGUUACUACCUAUCGGUUUAACGUUCACUAUGCAAGUAGUUGAGCCAAGACAUAUUAGAUUUAGCGUUUCCUUUUGUGGAAACCCUCCUUUAAUAUUAAGAAAACGAAGAACUGCAAUUCGUUUCAAAUCCGAUGGGAGAGUGGUCAUGCUGCCAGAACCUUUAAAUGAAACGAUUAUCAAUAAAAUAAACGAUGUAAUCGAUUUAUACUUCUGCUUGCACGACGAUGACAUUGCAAAUACAAUAUGGCAACUCGCUGCAUCAUCCACGAAUUUUCCUCGAUUCUGUAACGCACUAAAAAAAUCACAUGUGGGUAUUUUGAAUUUCCCAGAGAAUAUCUUUACUGAUAUUUGGCGCAUACGAAAUGCUUACAAAAAGGGUUACCUGCUACGUGACGAAGCAGAUGAAGAAUACGCUAUUACUGAUUUGCCAUCGACUUCUGGUCGUGAUACUUUAUUGACUUCUAGUAAAAAUAUUAAGACAUGGUGGAAUUAA